AUGUUUUGGAGGUUUGGCGGCUACGCCAACAUCUCCACCAUCGACACUAUCCUCGACAAACCCGACUUUACCCUCGAGGAGCUGCUCGACGAGAGCGACCUGAUCCAGGAGCUCAAGCAGCACAACACAAAGCUCAUCGAGUACCUCCGCGAGGACAAGGUCCUUGAGAGCCUGCUCGACUAUGUCGUCGCUCCCAAGCUAGACUCGCCAAAACCCGAAGCCGACGCCGCCGCCGCCGACACCCCCGCAGACCCAGAUGCUGCUGCCGACGACGACGACUCCAAGGCCAAGGCCCGCAUUCUGCCAUUUUCCCGCCCGCGCGCCUCCUCUCGUGCCACCGACCCGGGCAUUGAUGAUGAGGAGGAGCAGGAGAAGAAGCGCAACCGCUAUGCCUUUGUCGCCUGCGAGGUCCUCGGUUCCGAUACCUGGUCCAUCUACGAGGCCCUUGCCGAAAACCGCCAGCUGAUCCGGAACUUCUGGAAAUUCCUCUCGCGCCCGGCCCCGCUCGACCCUCUGCAGGCGAGCUACUUCACAAAGGUCAACGAGUCUCUGUUUGAAAAGAAGACUGAGGAUAUGAUGGAGCUCUUGAUGAGCCUCGCCGAUGCUGUCCCCGACCUACUGAGGCAUGUCGAAUGUCCCAUGAUCAUGGACCUCCUUCUCAAGAUCAUUGCCCUUGAUCGCAGCGAAGGCGGCCAGGGCGUUGUUGAGUGGCUCUAUUCCAAGGAAAUCAUUCCAACUCUUCUUUCCUGCCUCAGCCCCGAGAACAACUGGGUUGUUCAGACGGCUGCUGGUGACUUCAUCAAGGCCAUCAUUACCAUUUCCGCCAACGCCUCUCAAAAUGAGCAACAGUGCAUUGGUCCGAACGAGCUUACCCGCCAACUGGUUUCCAAACCCUGCGUCGAGAAGCUUAUCCAAUACAUGCUGGGUGGUGGCAACCCCCUCACCGUCGGCGUCGGCAUCAUCAUCGAGGUAAUCCGAAAGAACAACUCUGACUACGAUCCCGACAUGGGCACCGAAGCCAGCGCUGUCCCAUCCAGCCGUGACCCAAUCUAUCUGGGAACCCUUCUGCGCUUGUUUGCUCAAAACGUGCCCAAGUUCAUGAGCUUGAUUAUGGAAGCUCCCUCUCACAAGAACAAGAUUGACUCGACAUUUGGCGAGAAACUAGAGCCCCUGGGUUUUGACCGUUUCAAGACCUGCGAGCUGAUGGCAGAGCUGUUGCACUGCAGCAACAUGGGCCUUUUGAACGAGCCGGGCUCGGAGGAACUGAUUUCAACGCGGGACGCCCAACGAUGUCGUUUGCGGGAUGAGGGAAAACUUGGCCCAGCCAAGGAGGAGGAUUCUGCAGCCGAAGACUUGACCAUGCGACGACCUCAAGCCGCCCCCGAGGAGACCCGCCGCUUGGAGGUCACAAAUGCCGACGAUGACGGAUUCGAAGAGGUUGAGCCGAGCAAGGAAAUGAGCGAGGACACUUCCCACGAGUUCGUCAAGGCCGAGGUCGACAUCAACCCCGCUUCUCUUGUCGAUGAGUUUGUCGACGAGCCACUCAGUCCUCCUCAAACUGCUGCUCGCCCUGACAAAAUCAAUGUGCCGUUCGAGGAGCCCGAUCUCGUCGUUGCCCCUCUUUCGCCCACAAAGCCCAAGCCAGCCGAGCCCGCAUCUUCUGAGAAGCCCACUGAGUCGGAGCCCGCUGAGAAGAAGCCUGAGGAUGCUUCGGAGUCUAAGGCGCAAGAUGGCGCCGUUUCCGAGAAGGCCCCGACUGAUGAUGGAUCAGAUUCUUCCGUCCUCCUGACCCCGGCACCCUCUGAGCCGGACGUCAAGAUCGACGCCGCAAACGCUCCGGUUGCCGAGGUCGACUCGGCCUUGAAACCCGAGCCUCUGGUGCCUCACCCUGAGGACACCCCAGCACCUCUGUUCUCCGCCCCCCCGCCCCCUGAGUCUGGUGCCGAUAGACCCCCUCAAGUAGCUGAGAAGUUGGCAGGUGGCGCGAGAGCAGAUGUUCUCGCAGGUGGUGAUGAUCUGACCACUGAGACAAAGGCAGCUCCAUCAGGCGAGACUGCUUCUCAGUCCGCCGAGGAUCAGCCUACAGACCAGACAACUGGCGCGGAGCCAGUUGUUGGAGACUUCUUGAAGAUGCAGUUUGUCGAAUAUCGCGUUGUGCCAACAAUUUUGUCUUUCUUUUUUGGAUACCCAUGGAACAACUUCCUACACAAUGUGGUCUACGACAUUGUUCAGCAGGUCUUCAACGGCCCAAUGGACCGUGGCUACAACCCUAACCUGGCUGUUUCCCUGUUCGAGGCCGCAGAUAUUACAAGUGCCAUCAUCAACGGGCAGCAAGCCAGUGACGAGUCUCAGGCCAAGACCAAGACUCGCAUGGGAUACAUGGGCCACCUCACCCUCAUUGCGGAGGAAGUGGUCAAGUUUACUGAGCGACACCCGCCGGAGUUGCUUUCUGAGACGGUCCUUGACAGCGUUAUGAGCCAGGAAUGGAUCAACUACGUCGAAGGCGCUCUGGCCGAGACUCGUGAGAGAGAUAAUGCCAUUCUCGGUGGUGUUCGACCAGACGUGGCUCUUGGAAAUCGAGCCAUGGGAGGUAACGGACUGGGAGGUGUCGGCCUGUCAGGCCUGGGUGGAAAUUCCGGCAACGGCUCAAGUGCCCUGGCAGAUGCCGGCCUCAACGGCGGAAUUGAGCUGAGCGAGGAGUCCGGCAACGGCAUCGGUCCCUUCACCAUCAGCGCCGGGACUUUGAUGUCUGGCUUCGGCAGCAGCAGCGACGAGGAGGAUGAAGAUGGCGAUGGCGAUGAGGAAGACGUUAACUCUGAGGUGAGUGGUGAUUCCAAUGACGAUCUUGGUGACGAUGUGGGCGCGGGUUCCUUUGGGCACACUGGCAUGGUGGAUUCUCCAGAGGAUGUGGUGAUGGGCUCUCCAGAGCCGAUCCGGGCAGACUCUCCAGACCCUGGAACUGAUAUGGAUAUUACUAUGGACUCGCCGAUGGAUUUUGGCGGGGAGGGAGCACCGUUGAUGAUGAUGGAGCCAUUCGGGGAAUCUCAAGCUCGGACAGAGCAGAUCGAGCACGUUAUGAGAUCGAUGGAUGAACCUUAGAAUGGGGCACGUCGAUACGAGGUCAACGACUACGCGUCUUCCAGUGCCCUCGGUGCAGUGGAGAAUGAACGGAGCGACGACGACUUGAACCUCGAAGACCUCUUGAGGUUCCUGUCUGAGGAAAUACCCUGAGCAGAAAUAGCAGGCGUUGUGGGUUGACAUACGGGACGGAUGGGAUAAAAAGAUCGUCAUGAUAGCUCUUGCGAAGGAGACACGAGGAACAUGUAUAGAUGUAUGAUGGGCAGAGGAAGACAAGAGUUAGGGCUGAAUGGCAAGGAAAGAAAUGGAACGGGGGUCAUGCCGAGAUGCCAGAGUUCA